AUGGCAACGUCGAAUGAGCCUUUCUACGUCCGCUACUACUCAGGGCAUUCUGGGCGGUUCGGACACGAGUUUCUAGAAUUCGACUUUAGAUCUCUCGGAGACGGUCGCAGUGCUUCUGCCCGUUAUGCGAACAAUUCUAACUAUCGAAACGACUCCCUAAUUCGCAAAGAGAUGUGCGUCAGUUCUCUGAUGAUUUCAGAGAUCAAGCGCAUUAUCAAAGAAAGUGAAAUCAUGAAGGAAGAUGACUCGAAAUGGCCACAAAAGAACAAGGAUGGGCGACAGGAGCUGGAGAUCCGGCUGGGGAAUGACCAUAUCUCGUUUGAGACAGCGAAAAUAGGCUCCCUCGUCGAUGUCACCGAGUCCGCCGAUCCUGAGGGGCUGCGUGUCUUUUACUAUCUGGUCCAGGACCUCAAGGCCCUGGUCUUCUCGCUGAUCUCGUUACAUUUCAAGAUCAAACCUAUCUGA